CCAUCUCUGAUGGCUCUAUGGGGCGUCGUCAGCCUCAGCCUUCACUGCUGGGUGUGUUUAUGGUACACGGUGACAGCAGCAGCAGCAGCAACAGCCAGCCUCCCCAAUGACAGGCCUGGGGGACCGCUGGACUGGCUCCUGUCUGAUAAGGGGCCUUUCCACCACUCCCCAGAGUACAUUGACUUUGUGGAGAAGAACCGGCAAGGCUUCUCCACCAGAUACAAGAUAUAUAGGGAGUUUGGGAGAUGGAAAGUGAACAACUUGGCUGUGGAAAGAAGAGAUUUCUUGGAGUCUCCGUUACCUCUGACGCCUGAGUUCAUCAGGAACAUCCGACUCCUGGGCCGCAGGCCCACCACCCAGAUGAUCACUGACAACCUGAUCAGGAAAUAUGGGACUCACUUCCUGUUGUCAGCUACGCUGGGAGGAGAAGAGGCCUUAACAAUAUUUGUGGACAAGAGGAAACUGAGUAAGAAAGCAGAGGUGAGCGAUUACUCGGGUAACUCCUCCACUGUGACUCUGGAAGCUCUGCACCAGCUGGCUGCCUCCUACUUCAUCGACAGGGAGAGCACCCUCCGCAAGCUGCACCACAUCCAGAUUGCCUCCACUGCCAUCAAGGUGACAGAGACCCGCACUGGCCCUCUUGGAUGCAGUAACUAUGACAACCUUGACUCUGUUAGCUCUGUGCUGGUUCAGAGCCCUGAAAAUAAAGUCCAGCUCCAAGGCUUGCAAGUUAUCCUUCCAGACUACUUGAGAGAAAGUUUUGUGCAGGCUGCUCUCAGCUACAUAGCCUGCAAUGGAGAAGGCGAAUUUGUCUGCAAGGACAAUGACUGCUGGUGCAACUGCGACCCCAAGUUCCCAGAGUGCAACUGCCCUUAUAUGGACAUCCAAGCAAUGGAGGAGAGCCUGGAGAGGAUCACAGAGACAUGGGGGAUGCUCUAUAAAGAAUUUGAAGAAUCAGAUGAAUUCAAGGCAUUCUAUGUGAGGCUGCCCCAGAACUAUUUCCUCAACGUGUCAACCAUCCAGCACUUGUGGUCCCUGGAUAGCUUGUUCCAGUGGCGAUAUGAGCAGCUGGAGAACAGCAUGCGGGUCCUAUCUAGACGAGCCCAGAGGGUCAUCUUCAAGCUCUUCAGUCUCAGUAAAAGGUGUCACCGACAGCCCAAAGUCCGAAUACCAAGAGAAAGACCUCAGUCCUACUGGCUGAGUCAUUUCCAGUCACUCCUGUACUGCUCAGAAAACAACCAGCUUGGUGCAUUCUCUGAGGAGCUUCACAGCUGCAGCUGCCGAUACGAACACAGCCCCUGUCAGCUGCCUCCGCCCUGCACUGUUGGAGAAGGCUCGGCCUGUGCGGUGUGCGCACCAGACAACCACACCCGCUGUGGGAGCUGCAACCUGGGCUUCUCCCUGACGCAAGGGGCCUGCAGGCCCAUGGUGGCGGACUCUACAGAGAACUACCUGGGAUUCGAGACGGACCUCCAGGAUUUGGAGCUGGGCUACCUACUGCAGAGAGCUGACCGUAGGCUAGAGGUCCACGCCAUCUUUAUCAGCAAUGACAUGCGACUCAACAGCUGGUUUGACCCAUCGUGGAGAAAGAGGAUGUUGCUGACCCUGAAGAGCAACAAGUACAAGUCCAACAUGGUCCACAUGCUGCUGGGAAUAUCCCUCCAGAUCUGCCUUACAAAGAACAGCACCCUGGAGCCUGUCCUUACUCUCUAUAUCAACCCGUUUGGAGGGAGCCAUUCAGAGAGCUGGUACAUCCCUGUCAAUGAGAACAAUUUUCCAGACUGGCAGGCCACCAAGCUGGACCUACCCUUUGAGUGCUAUAACUGGACUCUGACAUUGGGCAACAAGUGGAAGACCUUCUUUGAAACCAUUCAUAUCUACCUUCGGAGCAGGAUAAAGACUCAAGAUGGAGUGAAUGACAGCAUUUACUAUGAACCUUUAGAAAUGACAGAUCCUGCUCGGAACCUGGGCUACAUGAAGAUCAACAGCAUCCAGGUCUUUGGCUACAGCAUGCACUUUGACCCGGAAGCAAUCCGUGACUUGAUUCUGCAGCUGGACUACCCAUACACCCAAGGUUCCCAGGACACAGCCAUGCUUCAACUCCUGGAGAUACGAGACAGAGUGAACCGGUUGUCCCCUCCGGGUCAACAGAGGUUGGACCUGUUUGCGUGUCUUCUCCGGCACCGACUCAAACUGACUGCCAGUGAGGUGGUUCGCAUUCAUGCCUCCUUACAGGCCUUCAGCUCACGUCUGCCCAAUUCAAUGGAUUACGAGACCACCAAGCUGUGCAGUUAA